GACAAGGUGACGGUCAAGGCGGAGGUCAAGACGGAGGUCAAGACGGAGAACGGCACCGCCCCCGCGUCCAGCGGCGCGCCGCGCCUGAACGCGACCAUGUUCUUCCGGCGGCUCAACCGCCUCUACAGCGAGCGCAAGGAUGACGCCGUGUGGGGCGGCGUGGACUCGUUCUGCGUGCUCGCGGGCCGCGCGCAGCAGGAGGAGUCGGGCUACCGCAAGUCGGCGGUGCUACAGAUCUACCUGCUGGGCUUCCUCGAGUUCCCGGAGACGCUGAUGGUGUUCACGCCUGCGAAACUUUAUGUGCUCACGGGCGGCAAGAAGUAUGCGAUGCUGGAGGCCGUGGCCAAGGAGAACGCCGCCGGCGCCGACGUCCAGCUGGAGCUGCUCAAGCGCAACAAGGCGGACGGCAACCAGGCCAACUUUAAGGUGCUCACGGACGCCAUCAAGGCCAGCGGCCCCAAGACGGGCGUGCUGACCAAGGAGAACCCGCUGGGCGAGCUCGUGGCCAGCUUCAAGAAGGCGCUGGCAGCCGCGGACGGUGUCGAGCAGCUGGACGUGAGCAAGGGCAUCGAGACGGUGCUCACGGUCAAGGAGAGCGAGGAGCUCGAGAACAUCCGCUGGGCCGGCGCGCUCUCCAGCAAGGUGUUCAAGCUCAAGUUCAUGGAGGACAUGGAGCAAAUCAUCGACGACGAGAAGUCCAUCAGCCACGAGAAGAUCUCGAUGGCCAUCGAGGACGUGUUCGACAACCCGUCCAAGAUCAAGGUGACGAUCGACCCAGUGGAUAUCGAGCCCUGCUACCCGCCCAUUGUGCAGUCCGGAGGCAAGUACGACCUCAAGCCCAGCGCGCAGAGCAACAAGGACCCCAUGAAGUACGACGUGAUCAUCUGCUCGCUCGGAGCCAGGUACAAGGGCUACUGCUCGAAUGUGGGACGCACGUUCUUCAUUGACCCGACGAGCUCCAUGGAGAAGUCGUACGAGCUGCUGCGCGAGGCCCACGAGAUGUGUGUCAAAGAGUUGCAGCCUGGCAAGGUGGUGGGUAAAGUUGUGGAGAAGGUGCGCAAGUUUAUCCAGUCCAGGAACGCGACGCUGUUCGGUAAGCUCACGAAGAAUCUGGGCUUCGGUAUUGGACUGGAGUUCCGCGAGUCGUGCAACUUGCUGACGACCAAGAACCAGACGGUGAUCAAGGAGGGCAUGGCCUUCAACGUCGCGUUCGGAUUCAACGACAUUCCCAUCCCGGACUCGCAGCGCAAGAAGAAGAAACUGGAGACCUACGCCGUGUUCCUGGCUGACACUGUGGUGGUCCUGGAGAACGAGACCAAGUACUACACCAAAGUGCCCAAGGCGUGGGGCAAGGUGCGAUACGAUAUCGAAGACGACAACGACGAGGAGGAGGAAAAGUCCAAGAAGAAGUCGAGCAAGAGCAAGGACAGCUCCGUCCACGGCUCCGUGGACACCUCACUGUCAGGCACGCGCAACCAGGUGCUUCAGUCGCGUCUCCGUGACCAGCAGCGUCAGUUGGAAGGCAAGGAAACGGAUCAGGAGCGUCGUGACCGCCACCAGGCUGAGCUCAUGCGCAGGAAGAGAGAAGAGGCCAUGCGACGACUGGAGGAGCAGAACAACGACAAGUCGGACGACCCGAAGAAGGAGAAGAGCAUCAAGGCUUACCACGGACCCCAGGACUACCCCUCGGAACUGCGCGAGCGCCAGGUGAUGGUGGACAUGCGUGCGGAGGCGGUCGUUCUGCCAAUCAACGGUGUGCCGGUGCCGUUCCACAUUUCGACGAUCAAGAAUGUGAGCAAGUCGGAGGAAGAUAAGGCUACGUACCUGCGUAUCAACUUCUUUGUGCCUGGAACGUCUUUGGGACGUGACGUUCUCCCUGCCAUGGCGAAUGCUAUCACCAAGUUCCCCAACAAGAUGUUCAUCAAGGAGCUUGGUUUCCGCUCCACUGACGCGCACAACCUGAACAACCAGUUCCGUCUGAUCAAGGAGCUCCAAAAGCGUGUGAAGCAGCGCGAGCAGCGAGAGCAGGAAGAGUCCGAUCUGGUUGUGCAGGAAGACCUGGUUUUGACUCGGGACCGUCGUGUGCCGCGUCUGAUUGACCUGUCAGCUCGUCCGCACUUGACAGGCCGCAAGACUCACGGUACGCUGGAGGCGCACUCUAACGGUGUGCGUUUUACGACGAACAAGAACCAGAAGCUCGACAUUUUGUACGCAAAUAUCAAGCACGCUAUCUUCCAGCCGUGCGACAAGGAACUCGUGGUGCUGAUUCACUUCCACCUGAAGAACCACAUUAUGAUCGGCAAGAAGAAGCAGAAGGACGUGCAGUUCUACACGGAGGUGAUCGAGGGCUCGCAGACGCUCGACAACCGGCGGCGAUCGAUGUACGAUCCUGAUGAGCUGGAUGAGGAGAACCGUGAGCGUGCACUGCGUGAGAAGCUCAACACAACAUUCAAGGAGUUCUGUCACAAAAUGGAGAGCGUGUCGGAGAGGCACGGCAAGCCGGUGGUGUUUGAUAUUCCCUACCGCGAGCUCGGCUUCAUGGGUACGCCCUUCAAGGAAAUGGUGUUGCUGCAGCCGUCUGUGCACUGCCUUGUGAGCCUGACGGACAUGCCGUUCUUCAUCAUUUCGCUGGACGAGGUGGAGCACGUCCACUUUGAGCGUGUCAUGUUCUCGUCCAAGAACUUUGACGUGGUGUUCGUCUUCAAAAACUUUGACAUUAUGCCUACACGUAUCAGUGCAGUGUCCAUGGGUGAGCUGGAGCGGAUCAAGGAGUGGUUGGACGACAUUGACAUUUGCUUCACCACGGGUACUGCAAACCUGAACUGGAAGAGUAUCAUGUCUACGAUCAAGAGCGACCACCGCUUCUACCUGGACACAGACGAUGACGGUGUGCCGAAGCCGGCUGGCUGGGAAUUCCUGAAGAUGGAAGGCUCUGACGACGAAGACGAGGACGAGGAGGAAGCCGGAGACAGUAACUACUCGGGCGGCUCUGACGAUGACGACGAUGACAGCGAAUCGAGCGACUCGGACGGGUCCGACUGGGAGUCCAUCGUUGACGAGGACUCGUCGUCAGAGGAAGUGUCAGAGGAGGAAGAUGCUCCCUCGUGGGACGAACUGGAGAAGGAGGCGCAGGCGUCCGAUCGCAUGCGCAAUGAGAAACGUGGACACGACGACGACGAUGAAGACUACCGCCGCUCGUCCAAGAAAAAGAAAUCGCGUCGCCACUAAGCGCAGACGGCAUCAAGACGACGUCUUGAGCUUUCGUAAACUUACACGUGACAAAUACUACCUCUGUGAAAGCCU